AAAGUAAUAUUAAAAAAAAUAAUAAAUUAAGAAUCAAAUCAAUUAAAAAACAAAUAACAAAAGACUCACUCUCUUGUUCUCAAAAAAAACCUAAAGAAUUAAAGUUGUUUGUUUCAAAUGUCAUAAUCUGUGAACAAGUUGUCUUCAAUUAAAUAAAAAGUAGCUAAUAGCGCAGAGCUUAAAAAAGAUGGGUAACAUGUUUAAAAACUACCUUUUAUUUCUAGUUAAUUAAGAAACUCCUUGUUUGCUAACUACAAUAAUCUUUUUAGGGACAAUGUCAUUUUAAGGUGUUAAGGAAUGAAUCCUACAAUGUUUUUAAACUAAAGUUAACUUGACAGCUUUUAUUUUCCUUAUAACUCUUUAGCGGAUGAACUUUCUUACAAUUUUAUAGUUUUUCCUUGCAAUUUUCUUCCUUAUAAGCAACAAUUUGUCAACAAAACAAACAAAAACAAUUUUAAAGCACUUAAUAGCCCACCUAUAAGUAAAUUUAUAGAUCAGAAUGAGAAAAAUAAAGCAUCAAAUAAUGAAGAAAUCAGAUUUAACAGUAUAAAUAAAGGCUCAUCUUUAAAUUAAUUUCAGAAUCUAGAGAAUAUUAAAAGAGAUUAAAUUAUUUUGAAUUAGCAAAAUUAAGUUUGCUAAAACAAAAAUAUUAAAUAAAAACUGCAAAAUAAAUAAAAAAAGACCUAAAAAAAAUUAAAAAAAGAAAAUGAAGAUGAUGAAGAUGAAGAAACUGUAAGUGAUUUUGAAGAGGAGUAAGUAAUAAAACGUUUUAAAAGAAAAGAAAAUUCAAGUGUAACCUAAAAUGAAAAUCUUUAGGAUUCAACUUCUUCUUUAAGGAAUACAACAUAGAGUAAUAUAAUUACUCGUCAAAAGAGUCAAUUAAUUUAGUCAAAUACUGAAAAUAAUUAAAUUAGUAAUAAAAUAGAUAAUCAAAAAUAGAAAAUCUAAUAAGUAGAUGAAGCUUCACCUGAAGGAUCUACAAUUUUAUAACAAAAAUAAAUUAAAAAAAACAAAAAUGAAUUUUAAGAUCUGUAACAAAAAAAUUUAAUAAAAAUAAAUUAGCAGUUAAAUUAAGAUUUAAAUGGCGAUUAAUUGAUUCCUAAAAUAGAAAAAUUAAGUAUUAAUACUAAUUCAUUUUAGCAAUAAUAACAACUUAAUUAUGAAAAAUAAUUGCCUUCAUAGAGCUCUUCAAAUCUAGUUAAAGUUUAAUUUUAAAAGAAAGAAUUUGCUAAUCAAGCAAAGAAUGCUGGUGAAUUAUUCUAAAAUAAUUAUUUAAUUAGGAACAAUAUUUAAGAAUUUAGUCAAAAUAGUUUUGGAAAUUAAGAAUAGUUUGGUCAAAAAAGCUUUGAGGGUUAACAUUAAUAUUAUCAAUAACCUACUCAAAACACUUUAUAACUAAAAUAAUAAAAUGUUAUAAGCCAAUACUAAACUAAUAAAUAAGACAAACACUAAAAUUAAUAAUUUUAGUACAAUUUAUUUACUAAACCACAAAAAGAUAAUCAAAUAAAUUCGAAUAUUCAACAAUAAUUUACUGGAAAAAAUAAUUUAAUAGAAUCUAAUUAGAUAAUUUUUUAAAACAAAAACACAUAUUAAAAUGAUUAAUUAUCCUUGAAGAGUUAAAAUAAUAUUAAUAGGGAUAUAUUUACUAAUAAAAGAGAAAAUAACUGUAACCAAAACUCAAUAAAUAUUUAAUAAAAUUUUGUAGAUGAAUCUAAUCAAUAAGGUCAUUAAAACUAAAAAAGAUAACCAAAAAGAAAAUAAAGAAAAAUGACUGAAAAGUUAGAAAAUAAACAGAAAUAAGCUAGUAUUUAAAAUAAUUUUUAAGUCCUUUCAGAUUAGACUAAUAUCGUAGAAACUUUUUAAAGCUCUAAUUAACAGAGUUAAUAUUAAUAUCCUAGUACUCCCUUACCAUAAUUAACAUCAGAUAUGAAUUAAAGUAGUGAUACUACCACUAAUUACUAGCGUUUAUGCUUUUCAGAAGAUCUAUCUUCUAAUAAAACUAACUAUAAUUAUUUUUAGACAAACUUUAAUUAAUAAUCUUCCUAUAGGGAAGAAUAAUUUAUGAAUAUACAAGAUUAAUAUCAAUUUAAUAAUGAAUAAUAAUAAUAAUAAUAAUAAUAGUAAUAAUAAUUAUAGUAACAAUAAUAAUAGUAAUAAUACUAUUAAAAUUAAAUGCUUUUACAAAAUAACAAUACCUAAAUAGGAUAUUCUUAUUAAAAUUAUGACUUAAACUAUGAGACUUGGCCUUUUUAUUUGCAAGAACAAGAUAGAAAUAAAUAUAAUUACUCACAAUCUCACAUAAAAACAUUAUUUGCAUAAAAUGAUGAAACUUAAUUUGAUAAUAAUACAGCUUUUAAUAAUGAGCAUAUGAAUACCAAUCAGUAGUAUAAUAUAGUCCCAACUAUUGAAGAAAAUGAUGAUGAAAAAAUAUUUGCUAUUAUUGGAGAAAUCAAAGACAAUUAAGAAUAUUGA